GUCAGUCUGCUACUGGAGCUUCUCUAGCCGACUCCUUCCAUCUCGCUGGUGCGCAGCUGUAGAGCCGCGGGUUCGGCUCUGCGCGGACUGGGUCGCUUUCGCCCCGGGGGCCGAGGACGGACAGACUGGCAGGCAGGCGGACGGACUACGCCGAAGUCAUUCGAGACAUCAUAAAAAAAUGGAUCAGAGCACUGGACCUGGAGUCAGGAAGAUUCAUUCCAAAUUUAAAUCCCACCUCAACACUUACUAGCAGUGUGACCCUGGUUCCCAUUAAACGGGAUUUCACUUUCCUAUGGUAAAUGAUGUUUUCAUUUCCACCUUCAUGACAUCACGUAGGCUACCAGACCCUUUUGGCAUUUGCCACCUGAACGUAGAUGUAAGGAUACAUGAGUAUGUAAACAACAAUAGACUCUCUAAGUUCCCUGAUGGCAUUUAAAAUACACCACUAUUUCAUUUGUGAUGGCUACUGAAACGGAAAAGACCUUUGCACUCCUUCAGACAUUUAGCACUCUGUCUAUCAUUUCUAGCCUUGGUUUAGGUUUAUUCUGCUUUAUAGCAGAUAGACUUUUUCAGUUUCCUUUCAUUCAGCAAAAUGACUGGCUUAGAGCACUCUCGGAUAAUGCAGUGCAUGGUAUAAUUGGAAUGUGGUCAUGGGCAAUAGUAAUUGGACUCAAGAAGAAGAAUGAUUUUGGAGAAAUAAUUUUGGCUGGAUUUUUAGCCUCUGUUAUUGAUGUGGACCACUUUCUUCUAGCUGGAUCUCUAUCUUUAAAGGAUGCUUUGAACCUUCCACAUAGGCCUUUUUUCCACUGUUCUACUCUGAUACCUGUUGUGGUUCUGACACUAAAGUUUAUUAUGCACCUUUUCCGGCUGAAAGACUCGUGGUGCUUUCUUCCCUGGAUGUUAUUUAUAUCUUGGACUUCUCACCAUGUUCGGGAUGGAAUUCGUCAUGGCUUAUGGAUUUGCCCUUUCGGAAAAACAUCUCCUCUGCCAUAUUGGCUCUAUGUGACAAUCACAGCAUCUUUACCUCACUUAUGUUCAUUCAUUAUGUAUUUAACAGGGACCAGAGAAAUGAUGUCUAUAAAACAUGGAAUUCAUAUCGAUGUCUGAAGGAAACUAGGUGGCAACUUUGGGAGAACACUGUUGGAAAGUAAUCAUUGAAUGUACUCAUCAUUGAAGUGAAUUUUUAAAUACAUAUCACUUCUGCAGAACUUGUAGUUCUAGUAUUUAGUUACUUUGGUUCUAGAAUUGUUCUGUGUGGUAAAUGAAAUGAUUUUAAUGUGAAGAGUAUAAUUUUUACUGUUCUAAUCAAUCUUCUGUUUUAUAUGUGUGUGUAUGUAUGUGUACACACACAUAUAUACAAAUAUUUUUUUAUUUCUUCUAACCCAAUUUCUUUCCACCCUGUUCUUAUUUUACCAUCAGUAUUUUAGGUUUUAGUUUUAUUUAUUAUUUAGGUCAUGACUGUUUCCCAUUGAAUUUUAAGGGACCAUCUCCAAGCAACCUUCCAUAUUUGUUGAGAUGAAUCAAAUUGAAAUUUUGAAGAAUUAUAUUUUUGAGCAGCCUAUUUCCUUCUGAAAAGAAGCUCAGGGUCUAGGUUGCCCAAGUUCUAGACAGCUAAUAUUAUGCUGAGCUGCUUAAAUCCUGUGAAUCUUGAAGUGCUGAAAUAACUAAAAUUGAAUGCUCCUUGUGUGUAAAAAUGACUGCUAGUAUUUAUUCUGAAUUUUUAUCUUGCCUGAAAAUACUACUCGCCAGGUGCUAAUUGUUAGUUUAGAACAGAAUUAGUUUAUCUAAAUAGUAUGUAUUGGUAGGGGGUUGAUGAUUGAUAUUAGGAAAGUUGGAAUUCAUGAAUGAUAUUGUGAAAUGUUAGAACUAAUUUAUUACUUUAGGAAAUACAUCCCUGCUACAAUAAAAUAUUAGCUAUAAUAUUACUGGUAAUAAUAAUAUUUUAUCAAAGUGUUGUCUAGAUCUUUUGCCCACGAAUCCCAUAAAUUGGGAUUUUAUCUGCUUUAGAAGAAGUACUAUUGCUACUAGAUAUGAAUAUGUCUACAUUGUUUACAGAAUAAUAGUUAAAUGGAUUCUUUGGUUAUGUCAGUGGAACUUUAACCUUUGAUCUACAAACAUAACCACUAAUAAUGUAAUAUCAACUAUAGGCUCACAUAUAUGCCAUUAAAAUUAUUCCAGUUGCCAUCAAUUUCUUUAUAUGCUAUGUCAAAGUAAUAUAUCAGUUAAAGAAUUUUUUAAAUGAAAUUGCUUGCAAUUUAAAAGGAAAAGUAUAACUUUUUCCAAAAUAGUCUAGUUUAAGGAAACUUAUUUUUUGCCAUAUUCCUUUAAAUCAAUGUCUGCUAAAUAGUUAAUCUUGAAGAAGAAAUGAACAACUUUAACUCUUGGAUUUACAUAUGGUUUAAUGCUACCUUCCUGAGGGUCAGUGCAUGCAGGAUCACAUGAUGCACUUUGCUACUCACAAAAUCCAUUGUCUUCAAAUAUUGUUUAUAUUUUCUUACAGAUAUGUGAACUAUAAUGCCAAUAAUGAUGUGUGCCUUAAUCCGUGAGAAAUUAUGAAUGAUUCAUGGAGUCUACUUGAGAAAAGUAGAUUUUUUUAUAUAACACAGAAUUAAUAUUCAGUAAAUUGUCAUUAAGGUCUACCCAGGUUCUGACUAAUUCAUUUAAGUCCAUAAAUUAAAGAGGAUACUCUUUUUUUCUCCCCUUGUUUCCAAAUAGCAAAAAUAAUCUAUUAUCAGAAAUUAGCAAAUUAAAAGGCAGUUAGGUAGUACAUUGGCUAGCGAGCCAGGCCUGGAGUCAGGAGAAUCUGGGUUCAAAUCUGGCCUCACACGACCCUGGGCAAGUCAUUUAACUCUGAUUGCCUAGUCGUUGCUACUUAGAAUUGCUGCAAAGAUAGAAGGUAAAGGUUUAAAAAAUAAUAACAAUAAAUCAAUGCAGGAUUUUUGGGGUUUUUUUCUUUUACUUUCUUUUUAAUUGUUUUAAAAUAUUUCAUGCUUUUUCUUUCUGCAAACCAGAUUGGAAUUAAAUCAAAAUACAGGAUGUCAUUAAAAAAUGUUACAUUGGCA